AUGACUUCUGGACACUCGCCGAAUCUUGGAGUCGGGAUGUUCAGUAGCCCCGCCACAGAGGUUGAGGAACCUACUUUUGAGCUCGUUGAGAAGGUUAAGAAGAAUGUCUGGAUUGUUACGAGAAAGGGAGACCCGCGACGAGAGAAGUAUCUCGCCAGUCCUAGCAGCCCCUUCGGAGUGAAGCCUGAUGGUACUGUCGAUGUCACGCAGACACUUCGAGAAGCCGAGGCUCUCAACACACUUCUGUCGAAGCAUAAUCAAGCCUACACUAUCCGACAGAUCCUCAAUCACGAAAAUCUCAUCUCAAUCGCUGGUUUCAUGGAAAAUCGACCUUUCAACAAGUCACAAACAUCUGAUGCUACCCCGGAAAAUAAUGUCCAGAUGCUCGUCUGGGACUUCGGUGAUGCUGGUAACCUCAGCGCUUUGUUCCGCCAUUAUCCCUGCGAGAGUUCUGAAUUCUAUCUCCCAGAAUCUCUCUGUUGGCACGUUCUCCGUUCUUUGACUCGUGCAGUGGCUUAUCUCCAUGACGGGAAAUGGCUCUCCUACCGACCCGAGCACCUUGGUCGUCACAUGGUCAGGGAAUGGGUUUCUGUCAACACUGAUUGGUUCCCAAUUCUGCAUCGUUGCAUCGAGCCCAGGAACGUCUGGCUUCAGCAUCCUCGAGGCAUUGAGACCUAUGGCCAAUGCAAACUAGGCGGUUACAGCCACGCAGCUGUCACAUGCCACACCGUGGAUGCUCAAUUCAAUCCUCAUACUGUUCGCUCAGAUUCGAAUGGGAUGGCGUUGGCUACAAAGGAAGGGAUUUGGCGACUAGAUGAUGCUCGAUCUGUCUAUGAUGUCGUCCCAGCGUCGAUUCCGAACGAGGAAGAUCGACCCUAUACCCUCGGGGAUGAGUUGUGGUCUAUUGGUGUGACCGUUUUCACCAUGAUGACUGGCCAGGCUCCAACUUACUGCUGUGAGGAAUGCGGCUGUUCACAUGUCGUUUUCUGCGAAGACGAUGGCUGUCUGGAGAAAGAGGCCAUUGCAAAAGGAUGUGACUGCCUCCUUGGUGGCUGUGAGCAUGUGAGCGAGAGGAAAUGUAGGGAAGAGUUCUCCGGGUGGCCGGAUUGUCCAACUGAGCAUAAUUGCUCCGAGCCCAUCAUCAACAUUCAUUCGUACCUUGCACGAGCUCGUUACACCAAAGCAUUGCGUACCAUAAUCAUGACAAUGCUCGACUACAACCCUGCACAAGAAGAAGACCCUUGGGUUCGAAUGGUAGAGUUUGCGCAGAUGGUGGAGCUCGCAUAUGGACAGUGGAAGCAUGAGACAGAGGAGGGAAUACUUUACGUGGAUGUUGAGGAUGACAUGCUUCAGAGGGUUGCGAAAUGA